AUGCGUGGCAUCAGUGCAUGGAGUGCAUUGGUGACAGCUGUUGCGUCCGUCGCUAUGCUUGGAGUACAGGCGGAAGAAGCAGCUGACUCAAAGGUGGUGUCUCUGACGCAGGACUCGUUCGGCAAGUUUGUCAACGACGAGCCACUGUCGCUCGUAGAGUUCUUCGCGCCGUGGUGUGGUCACUGCCAGGCCCUUGCGCCACAGUACGAAGUGGCUGCGAAGGAGCUUGAGUCGGAGAAGAUCAAGCUCGCAAAGGUCGACUGCACGCAAGAGGAGGCUCUCUGCUCGGAGCAGGGCAUCUCAAGCUUCCCUACUCUCAAGGUGUUCCGCAACGGUUCCGCUUCGCCGUACACGGGUCCUCGGAAGUCGGAGGGUAUCGUGAACUACAUGGUGAAACAGAGCCUGCCAGCUGUUUCUGACGUUACUGAAAUAAAUCUGGAGGACUUUACAUCGAAGGACUCGUUCGUCGUCGUGGCGUUCGCGGAAGAAAGCGACAAGACGACUCGGGAUGAACUGCGUCAGUUCGCUGAGGACCACCGCGACAUGUACGUGUUGGGUGUGUCGAGUAGCAAGGACCUAGCCAAGGCGCAGGGCGUCAAGUUCCCAGCCCUCGUGGCGUUCCGCAAGUUCGAUGAUCCCCGAGCGAAGUACCAGGGUAAGGGCAAGUCGCUCUCAACGGACGAGAUCAAGUCGUUUGUGGUGGUUGAGUCGCUCCCAUUGAUGGAUGAGAUCAGCGCCGAGAACUUUUUGAACUACGCUGUGACUGGCACGCCGCUUGCUUACUACUUUGUGGACCCGGCGUCGCCGAAGCUCGAUGACGAUGUCAAGAAGCUCACAAAGGUUGCUCGUGAGUUCCGUGGUAAGGUCAACAUGGUGUGGAUUGAUGCUACCAAGUUCAGCUCGCAUGGCAAGGCGCUGAACUUGAAGGGUGACUCGUGGCCGGCGUUCGCAAUUCAGGACUUGAAGACUGGCGCCAAGUUCCCGCUGAACGACCUCGGCAAGGACGUGGCUAGCUCGGUGCGCUCGUUUGUUUCGAAGUUUGCUAGCGGCAAACUGUCGCCCAGCCUGAAGAGUGCGCCUGUGCCCAAGCAGACUUCGCCUGUGAUUGAUGUUGUCGCAGACGAAUUUGACAAGUGGGUCUUCGAUGACAGCCGCGACGUCUUGCUCGAGUUGUUUGCUCCAUGGUGUGGUCACUGCAAGAAGCUCGCACCCACGUACGAGAAGCUCGCUGAGCUAUAUGCUGCGGAUGCUCAGGCAUCGAAGCAGGUGCGUGUGGCCAAGCUUGACGGCACCGAGAAUGAUAUCCCACCGGAUGCGGAUAUCGACCUGGCUGGCUUCCCAACCAUUGUGCUGAAGCCAGCGGGCAAGAACUCGCGUGAGUUCAUUGUGUAUGAUGGUGACCGUACGCUGGAGUCGCUUGUUGAGUUCAUUAGCACGAACGGCAAGCACCAUGCCAAGGUUGCUAUCUCUAAGGACAGCGGCAGUGCCAAACAUGAUGAACUGUAG